AUGUCGUCCUCCGCCCGACUCUCUGCUCCUGCUCACGAUGCCGACGCGCGCCCCCGGAAUCGUCGGCUAGGGACAGGAGCGGACAGCUCCUCCAGAUCCACAUCCCUACUCAGGACUUCCGCAAGUCCAUCGUCUAGCAGGGGGGCAAGCCCCAUCCCGACAGCGCGAAUAGGACCGACCUCUAGAUCAUCAAGCAAGGUCGCCCCCUCCCGGUCCAACACCGGGGACUCUGUAUUUGGAAAGAGCUGGCUCGACGGGCAAUGGACCAGCAGUUGGGCAUCUAUUCAAGACUUUACCACAAGCCUGCUGACUGGAGGUGAUGGGUCUGGGCCUGCCAAUGAAGGACGCAGCAUGGGGGCCAACCCCAGGAAGCCGAUGCAAAGAGCCUCAAGUGGAACUCUACGGAAGCAGCCCAGUGCGUGGGGGCCAGAGCCGCCUGAAGGUACUCGCCCGCGGAUUGAGGAUGUCGCAGCGGGAGCAGUGGCAGACCGGCAAGCUGCUUUCAGGGCGGCCAAGACAGCCAGCGUGUUGGAAAGCCACGAUGGGGUCAACGGUGGGCUCGAUGUGACAGGAAAGUUCAAGAGACGGAAUUCUGAUGAAGACUCGAGAACCGAUGCCGUCAACCCGGAAGUGGAGAACCAGCUGGUCUACAUACACCACACGUCGCCCACUGACACUUAUGCGGGCAUCAUUCUGAGGUACCGAUGCCAGGAAGAUGCAUUCAGGAAGGCAAACGGGCUGUGGUCCCGGGACAACAUACAAGUACGGAAGUGGUUGGCACUUCCGGUAGAUGCUUGUGAGGUGAAAGGGAGGCCAUGCGACGGCCCCUCGUUCUAUGCCAAAGAGGUAGAUCUUCUCGCUACGACUCCCUCUGCCACCACACCAGGGACCUCAUCGGAUUUAUCAAGAUCAGACUCGGUCCAGCCACUCCACGACGACUUCUUUGCCUCACGGAACGAGCAUGCAGUAGAGGAGUCGAAGGAGGAGGAAAAGCCCUGGACGCACGUCAGAUGGGUCAAGCUUGACAAUUGCAAGGACCCAAUCGAGAUUGCGAGGGUCUCAAGGAAGGCGAUGGGCUACUUUCCGCCAAGGAGGAAGAAGAGUGUGCGCACAACCUCGACUUUGAGCACACCGCGGGGCUCGUUCGAGGUGCCCAGCAUCACUCUUAGCUCCGAUAUCGUCGAAAGCCCCGGUAGCAUCUCUUCCCGGCGUCACAGCCUACUCGCAAAUCGGCCACAGAUUGGUGCUACGUACGCGUCGUCGGCACCGACACCAUCCCGCAGCAGGGUAGGCAGCGGUAAUGAUGACCUCCGGCCAGCGUGGAUGCGGAGACCAGGCGGCGUGGGGACACUGAGCAGGAGUGUGCGUGCGCCAGGCCCAGAAAAGGACUACUUCAACACUUGGACCAAAAAGCAUCUGCCGGGCCUCAACAUUGAAUCGCUCCCAUCCAUGGCGGUGAUGGGAUCUGAAACUGCCAAGUUUGGCUUCACCAACGACGAGGCGGCUGCCAUUGUCGAGAGCCCCUUCGAAGAGGGCCGCGAUGCCUCGGCAGCCAACAAGCAGGGCACCGGGCUCGACAAGGCGGCAUUGACCAUAGAGACGUGGCUGCGCGGCGCAUGGGCAAAGAGACCCAACACGCCGAUCCUGGGGCCGAGCCGUACUCGGCAGCAUGCGGAUGGGGAUCCAGACCUGAUCGAACUGGAAGACACCAAUAGCGAGGAUGGCCGGAUCGGAAGCGGUCUGCUCGACCAGGCCAUCCCGGACCUGCCAAACCUGGGCAACGGCUCGUCGAGCCGGAGCGACGGGAACGGGAGUGCGCUCAGGGGCCGCACGCCCCAGCGAAGCGACCCCGGGCUUGCUAAGGACAAGAAGGCAGAUUAG